AGGGCGGAGGGCGGGUGUACCCCGUGCUUCGAAGGAUGGGAACUACAAUUCCCAGAAGACUGUGCGGCGAGAGCCUCGGGCGCCCUUCGGAGGGGGCUCCUCUAGUUUCACUGCCGUGGGGUCUGACCUGGCUCGGGUACUGUCCCGGCCCCGCGGGAGGGGCGGCCCGGUCCGGGUCGCACCUCCUGGAGCCGUCCCCGGGACGUCAGUCCUGGAGGAGGCGAGGGUUGCUCCAGUUGCUAAGAAGACUAUGAACAAGUCAGAGAACCUGCUCUUUGCUGGUUCCUCAUUAGCAUCACAAGUCCAUGCUGCUGCCGUCAAUGGAGAUAAGGGUGCUCUUCAGAGGCUCAUUGUAGGAAACUCUGCUCUUAAAGACAAAGAAGAUCAAUUUGGGAGAACACCACUUAUGUAUUGCGUGUUGGCUGACAGAUUGGAUUGUGCAGACGCUCUUCUGAAGGCAGGAGCAGAUGUGAAUAAAACUGAUCAUAGCCAGAGAACAGCCCUCCAUCUUGCAGCUCAGAAGGGAAAUUAUCGUUUCAUGAAACUCUUACUUACACGCAGAGCAAACUGGAUGCAAAAGGAUCUAGAAGAGAUGACUCCUUUGCACUUGACCACUCGACACAAGAGCCCUAAGUGUUUGGCACUUCUGCUGAAGUUUAUGGCACCUGGAGAAGUGGAUACACAGGAUAAAAACAAGCAAACAGCUCUGCAUUGGAGUGCCUACUACAAUAACCCUGAACACGUGAAGCUGCUCAUCAAGCAUGAUUCUAACAUUGGGAUUCCUGAUGUUGAAGGCAAAAUCCCACUUCACUGGGCAGCCAACCAUAAAGAUCCAAGUGCUGUUCACACAGUCAGAUGCAUUCUGGAUGCUGCUCCAACGGAGUCUUUACUGAACUGGCAAGACUACGAGGGUCGAACUCCUCUUCACUUUGCAGUUGCUGAUGGGAAUGUGACUGUGGUUGAUGUCUUGACCUCGUAUGAAAGCUGCAAUAUAACAUCUUAUGAUAACUUAUUUCGAACCCCACUGCACUGGGCAGCUUUAUUAGGCCACGCACAGAUUGUCCAUCUCCUUUUAGAAAGAAAUAAGUCUGGAACUAUCCCAUCUGACAGCCAAGGAGCCACACCUUUGCACUAUGCAGCUCAGAGUAACUUUGCUGAUACAGUUAAAGUGUUUUUAAAACAUCCUUCAGUGAAAGAUGAUUCAGACUUGGAAGGAAGAACAUCCUUUAUGUGGGCAGCUGGCAAAGGCAGCGAUGAUGUCCUUAGGACUAUGCUGAGCUUAAAAUCGGACAUUGAUAUUAACAUGGCUGACAAAUACGGAGGUACAGCUUUGCAUGCUGCGGCCCUUUCUGGCCAUGUCAGCACCGUGAAGUUAUUACUGGAAAAUAAUGCUCAAGUAGAUGCUGCCGAUGUUAUGAAACAUACUCCACUUUUCCGAGCCUGUGAGAUGGGACACAAAGAUGUGAUUCAGACACUCAUUAAAGGUGGAGCAAGGGUAGAUCUAGUUGAUCAAGAUGGGCAUUCUCUUCUACAUUGGGCAGCACUGGGAGGAAAUGCUGAUGUUUGCCAGAUAUUAAUAGAAAAUAAGAUCAAUCCAAAUGUCCAGGAUUAUGCAGGAAGAACCCCUUUGCAGUGUGCAGCCUAUGGAGGCUAUAUCAACUGCAUGGCAGUUCUCAUGGAAAAUAAUGCAGACCCUAACAUUCAAGACAAAGAGGGAAGGACAGCUUUGCAUUGGUCCUGUAACAAUGGAUACCUUGAUGCCAUUAAAUUACUGCUAGACUUUGCUGCUUUCCCUAAUCAGAUGGAAAACAAUGAAGAGAGAUACACACCCCUUGACUAUGCUUUGCUUGGUGAGCGUCAUGAAGUGAUCCAAUACAUGUUGGAGCACGGUGCCCUGUCCAUUGCAGCCAUACAGGACAUCGCCGCCUUCAAAAUCCAAGCCGUCUACAAAGGGUACAAGGUCAGAAAAGCCUUCCGAGACCGGAAAAAUCUCCUCAUGAAGCAUGAACAGUUGAGAAAAGAUGCCGCUGCCAAAAAGCGAGAGGAAGAAAACAAACGAAAAGAGGCAGAACAGCAAAAAGGAAGGCAGAGCCCAGAUUCCUGCAGACCCCAGGCCCUUCCCUGUCUGACCAGCACCCAGGAUGCGCCCAGCAGGCAGAGCCGGGCCCCCAGCAAGCAGCCUCCUGCUGGCAAUGUGACCCAGGGGCCUGAGCCAAAAGACAGCAGAGGGUCGCCAGGAGGGUCUCUAGGCAGAGCCCUUCAGAAGGAGCAGCAUGUUUCCUCAGAUCUGCAGGGAACAAACUCCAGAAGGCCGAACGAAACAGCCAGAGAACAUUCUAAAGGCCAAUCUGCCUGUGUCCACUUCAGACCCAAAGAAGGCAAUGAUGGAAACAGGCAUCCAGGAGUUCCCUCUGUUGAGAAGUCCAGAGGUGAGACAGCUGGCGAUCAGCGGUGUACAAAGGGGAAAGGCUUCUUGAAGCAGCCCUCCUGUAUCAGGGUGGCUGGGCCUGAUGAGAAAGGAGAGGACUCCAGGCGAGCAACUGCAAGCCUUCCACUGCAUGGUGGCCACUGGAAGCCCAGCAGGCGGCAUGACACAUCACCCAAGGCCAAAUGUGCCCCCCAGAAAAGGCGCACUCAGGAGCUCAAAGGAGGAAGGUGCUCCCCGGCUGGUUCUAGCCGGCCUGGCAGUGCCCGGGGGGAGGUGGUCCAUGCUGGGCAGAAUCCUCCCCACCAUCGUACACCAAGAAACAAAGUGACACAAGCCAAGCUCGGAGGAGGGCUCUAUUCAGAUCUGCCACAGAGCACAGAGGAGUUGAGGUCAGGAGCCCAGAGGCUGGGGACAUCCACUCAGUCUGAGGACUUUCAGGAAUCUAAGGAGACUGAUUCAGCACCUGGUCCUCUCUCUGGGCAGAGUGUGAAUAUUGACCUUCUCCCUGUAGAACUCCGACUGCAGAUAAUUCAGAGAGAACGGAGGAGGAAAGAGCUGUUUCGCAAAAAGAACAAGGCAGCAGCAGUUAUCCAGCGCGCCUGGCGAAGCUACCAGCUCAGGAAGCACCUGUCCCACCUUCAGCAUAUGAAGCAGCUUGGAGCUGGAGACAUGGACAGAUGGAGGCGAGAAUGCACAGCGUUGCUCCUCCAGGUUUGGAGGAAGGAACUGGAAGUAACACUCCCCAAAACCACUGCAGUAAGCAAGGCCCCCAAGAGUCCAUUAAAGGGCAUCUCAGGCACAAAGUCCACCAAGCAGUCACUGCUUAAGCAAAUCUACGGUUGUUCUCAAGAAGGGAAAAUACAUCAUCCCACAAGAUCUAUAAAAGCCCCUUCUGUGCUGCGUCUCAACUCAGGUAAGGCAGCCACUGCAAAGCACAUGGUGGGGGAGAAUAGGGAAGCAUUUUCCUUUGUUUCAUCCCCAAAGGUAGAACACAUUAGAACAGAGAUGGCCAGGGUUUUCCAAUGGUUAUCUGAUUUCAGGUUUUAUCCCCUUUUCAAGGGAUUAUUACUGUAGCCAACAUUUGCCUCCCUAAGAGGCAAAUUAUUUUCGCAACUAAAAGCUAUUAUUAACUCCAAUAGAAACAAUAAAUGGUAGCUAUUAUUGGUCACUUGUACACACUUUUUCACUAAAGGAGGAGAUAAAUGAAAAUACUGUCAUUCUUCAAAGGAAUACCUUGGGAAUCCUUGCUUCAUUUUGGUGACACAUUAUGAUCCUUUAUUUCCUUCUCCAAGAUGGAAAGAACACCAUGAAGAGGACACUGAGAGCAUGUACAGCCCAGGAUCAGCUGUGCACAUGUUCCCUCACACAGGGGAAGCUCAGGGAACUUUCUUUUCAGCUGCAAGACAAGAGUGUUUUACUUAGGCCCCCUCAUUCACGCCAGCAUUAAAUAUGGGUGAUAAGUUCAGUGCUGUCAGCAGCUAAUGCCAGGUCCGGUGUUCCUCAUAGGUGGCUAUGGCAACACGCUCCCCCCCCCACCCUCCCUGAUCCACACAGUCAUCCUGGAGGAACAGUGCAGCUGGGAAGGUGAACAAUGACUGUCAGCAUGAACUUUAACAUUCAUUUAGUUUUUGAUGGGGGGCAAAAACCUGAAGGUGGGGGACAGAGUAAUUACUGCCAAAUCUUUAUUAAGAGUUGGACAACUCAUGUAAUAUAGACAGGCUGAUCAGGGAGUAGUAGGUGGGGUAGUUAGAAACUUUCAAAGGAAUCAAGGCCUACAGUUCGUUUAAAAAAAAAAAAAAAACCCUUUCGUUAUAGCUGAGCAAAUUGAAGAAUCAUUUCAAAAAUGGAAUUGUGAGAUAUCACUACCAGAAAAGUGGGAUUUAGGCAAUCAAAUACUAGCAUAAAUUAGAUAACUGAGUCAUUUGCCACUGUCUUAAGAGAAAAACAAAUCCAGGACUACCAGAAAUCUUUUAAAAUGGUGUUUAGCAGCAUAAAGUUUUUUAGUUAAGGGACUCAGAAGGGACAGAGUAAAUAAAUUCAAAUCAAUACUUAAUGGUUUCUUACGACUUCAUAUGAACAAGCAACUUAUUUGUCCUACGCGUAUUUUUGACUGGUUUAAAAUUAGACAGGGAUAAUCUUUUCCUAACCCCAAAUUUGGAAAGAACACAAGGUUUUGUUAGGCUCAAGCCCACCCACGUUAAGCAUUAACCCGUUAAUGACUAUUAUUGCUCUCACCCUCUAACUUGGAGAGAUACCUCCUAAGGUUCCUUUACCACUUGAAAAGACAGAAAGGAGGAUAUAGCAAAAUGCCAGCCUCCUUGGGCUGUUCUCCACAUCUAUUUGGGAGGCAGCAAAACAAUCCCUGCUCACUCAUCUUCUACAACCACCCCUGCAAACCUCCCACCAAGAAUCUCAGCAGAGCUUUUUAUUGAUGCACACACACACACACCUGGGCCUAUCUCUUUAACAAUAAAACACCCUUUAAAAUUCCAUUCCAGUGAAUGGAAUAACUUUGAUUAGUAUUGGUACCCCCUGUACAAAUCCAGUUUCUUCUCGUUCACCUACAGAGGGGUACACAGAUGACAACUCAAUUCAAAUACAGUGAAGGCAGCCAAAAACAAUAGUUCACAUCAAUUUUGUGGAAGUUAAAAAUUGAGACAUAUGUUUGUUACUUUUUAAACUACUCAACCUUUAAUGUAUUUGCUUAUAUGCUCCAUAAAAAGUGAGAAGCAAAAUACAGCAAUGUCUUCAGCAAGGUCUCUCAACUAUAUGGGGCCUCAGUAUCAUUUGUUGAAGUAUAUAACUAAUGUUUUCUGUGGCACCCUAUAAAUGUUAAUUCAAAAUCAUAAAUGGCCUCAAAAAUCCAUUUUAUAAGUCUGAUAUUCCCAUCAGCUUAUCAUUCAUGAGGAUCUGAGUAUUUUCUAACAAACCUAUUUUCUAGAACAGACUAUUCAAAGUGUAAUAGGCAAGUUAAAAGAUGUGUUAUGUGUUUAUGUAAUGUGUUACGUGAGAGACACAGAGAAUACAUUAGUUCUUUCAGGCAGACUGAAUACCUAGGUGCCACUACUGUACUAGCUCCCCAAGUGCCUGCUCUCUCUUAAUCAAGUCUCCCUUGAAGAGAUAUCCCAUAUCUUGAGACUGCAGAAAAUAUAAAGCUAUUCUAUUAAGUCAUCCUGCCUCUACAGUAAACUGGCCUGUCAUCCCAGAGAUAGCCUAAACCUAAAUCCUUCUUCCUCACCACCAAUGAACUGUUCCCUUCAGCAUUAAAAUUAGUAACUUAAAUAUCUAUCUGGUAUUUGUUUUUAACAGUGAGCAACCUACAGUGUAUACAGCUCCUUGAGAACAGUGGAAGAUCAAAGAACUUUUCCUAUAACCUGCAAUCAGCUACUCAGCCAAAAAAACAAAACAAAACCUCAAGUACUUAUGGAGGAAGACUGUGUUCAGGAGAUCUGGCAUAGCUAGUGCAGCAUUCGAAUUUCCUGCUGAUAAUCUUGUACUCCUUGGGAAAACUUUAAUAUUCGUAACGGAAGGCUUAUUCACCUAAAAAUGUAUUAACUGAAAGAAAACGUCAGAAUGUUUC